UUCUAGUGGUUCCUCCUAACCUGCUAUUUCCGUCUCACAGCAUGCGACCUCUCAAGUUUCCAUCACUGUCGCUGUCCGCCUCGAAGGUGUUUGAUCAAAGGCCAAAACAACCACCAACACAUUUUCUCUGUUCCUUCUACUUCCAUCCUUUCAUUGGCUGGCGACGUGCAAAAGAAUCAAUGCCGUGCUCUAUCUCUCUCUCUCUCCCCCCACGUGUUCCACUCUUCAUCCUUUCUAAUAAAUUACGUCGAAGAAGAAAGAACCGUCUUAGAGAAGAUCAUGCCAUAAUCACCGCAGUUAAUUCUCUUCCGGCAUCUACUCGUCUGUUAUAACUGAACAAUGAUUACCUCAAAUUUCGAAGAGGUUUGGAAAUGUUAAUGUAUUUUGAUGACUUUUCAUUUUCCAACUAUAAUUCCAUAAAUAUUCCGUAAUGACAUCGAAAAAAUCAGAUCUUUAUUCUCCUAUUCAACGCCUAUAAACUCCUCUCCGUCCCUCACUUCCCUCAGUUGACCACCAAGACAAAAGGAGCCAAUGACUGCUUCCUCUUUCUCUACUAUAUUGGCGCUUUUUGCCGCAGUACAUGGAUUGGCUGCAGCUGCGGCGGCAGUAACCACCACUUUGCCGCAACAGCAGAAGCUUGACCAGAUCGAUCGUCUCCCCGGACAGCCCACUGUGGAGUUCAACCAGUACUCGGGAUAUGUAACCGUAAACGCGAACGCCGGCCGAGCGCUCUUCUACUGGUUUGUUGAGGCUCCGGUUGCAUUACAGCCUGCCCCGCUCGUUCUGUGGCUGAACGGCGGUCCGGGCUGUUCUUCCAUCGCGUAUGGCGCGUCCGAGGAGCUGGGUCCUUUCCACAUCCACCCCGAUGGCAGGACUCUGUUCCUUAACCCCUAUGCGUGGAACAAUGUGGCUAACAUUCUGUUUCUGGAGUCACCGGCGGGGGUAGGCUUCUCCUAUUCCAAUAGAACCUCGGAUCUCUACACGGCUGGAGACCAGCGGACAGCGGAGGAUUCUUAUACUUUCCUUGUGAGUUGGUUCGAAAGAUUCCCCCAAUACAAGUUCAGGGAUUUUUAUAUAGCAGGGGAAAGCUAUGCAGGUCACUAUGUUCCUCAACUUUCUCAAAUUGUCUACAGAAAGAACAAAGGAGUUCAGAGGCCUAGCAUUAAUUUUAAGGGUUUCAUGGUGGGCAAUGCUGUCACUGAUGAUUAUAAUGAUUUUCUUGGAACUUUUGAGUAUUGGUGGACUCAUGGGCUGAUAUCAGAUGCGACCUAUAAUGGCCUGAAGGUUGCUUGCAUAACACAAUCAUCACAGCAUCCAUCCUCAGACUGCUUAAAGCUACAAGAUGCUGCUGAAGAUGAAAUGGGAAACAUUGAUCCAUACAGCAUAUACACUCCUAGUUGUAACAUCUCCACUUCAUCUCUCAGACAAAAAUCACGAGGCCGCUAUCCUUGGAUGUCGAGGGCUUAUGAUCCUUGUACAGAUAGAUACGCUCAGGUGUAUUACAACCACCCUGAAGUGCAGAGAGCACUCCAUGCCAAUGUCACUGGGUUGAAUUAUCCUUGGGAAGACUGCAGUGAUAUAGUGGGGCAGUAUUGGGCUGAUUCACCAAGAUCCAUGCUGCCUAUAUACAGAGAGCUCCUUGCAGCUGGCCUGCGGAUUUGGGUUUUCAGUGGGGACACUGAUUCAGUAGUACCAUUGACAGCAACUAGAUAUUCAAUCAAUGCUCUGAACUUGACAACACUCACUGACUGGUAUCCUUGGUAUGAUAAUGGAAAUGUUGGUGGAUGGAGCCAAGUCUACAAAGGCCUGAGCUUUGUGACCAUCCGCGGCGCCGGUCAUGAGGUCCCCCUCCACAAACCCCGCCAAGCUCUCAUACUUUUUAGGCAUUUCCUGAAGAACAAGCCCAUGCCAUCUGUGUAAUUAUCUUAUAAGAUUGACCAUAGUAUCACAAAUUCACAAUCUUAGAUUAAUUCACAUAUUUGGUAAUUCUUCCAUUGUUGCUGUUAAUAUUUGAAUUCUUCCAGCUAUACCAAUCAAGGCUGGUAAGGAGCAAUAAAGGUCUUUAAACUUUUUUAUUCCUGAUUUGAUUUCAUUCAAAUUUGCGGGGCAAGUUAAAGGUUGUGAAACUGUAUAUUUAUAUUUUUAUAUGAUUUAGAAGGAUGAUUUUUAAGAC